AUGAACCGCUGGGAUCAGCCGACGUUGGGCGGCGCAGAGCUCGCUGCACACAAGAUCGAGCAAGCCCGACAAGCGAGCGCUUCGCCUACUCAUCAGUCACUCGCAGCGUUCAUGGGCGGCAAAUCCUCUGGUCCUCGACUCAACCGUCCGGUCGUGCAUGAUGUUCCGUCUGAUCUGGUCGAGCAAGCUCGGGUCCCGACCUUUCUGUCGCAGCGGCCGGGCGUUAUGAAUGAUCUGCACGAAUCUGCCGCGGCUGAUCCCAAUUCGCGCAAGUAUAGAGGUGUGGCCUUACCCGGCAUGGUACCAGCGCGCUCGAUGACUGUCCCAGGCACAUCAUCCGCGAUAAGCAACGACGGCCGAGCGUCAGUCGCGGAUCUUGCAGCGGGCAAGCCAGAGACGCCCAUCAAGUCGACUUCCUUGCCAUCGAAUGCUACGCUCGACGCGCCAAAGCCAUCAGCUGCUCGAGCCUUUGUGAGAGACCGUUGGGUACACGAUGAACCCGUCAAAGCCGCAGAAGCUCCACAAGCAUACGAAGAGCCAUCGUUGAAUCAAGAGCAGGCUGACGAUCUCGACUGGUGGAUGCAGAAGCAGCUCGAAGGCUUGCCGCCAAGCGACAGUGAAGAAGAUGAUGCGCCUGAAGAGCCUACCACUCAGCGGGUCGCACCUCCUCAGACGUCCGUCGACGCCAAGCCAGCGUCUCCCACACUGUCUUCAGUCAAAGAUUCGAUCAGAUCCUGGGGCAAACCGACGCAGGCCGAAGAGGACGAGGCAGCAGCGCGAAAGGCCGCUUACAAAGCAAGCUACGGCGUCUCGGCACCAGUACAAGGCUCAGCAUCGCCGUCGUCAUCUUACAAAGUGCUCGAGCAAGUUCCUGCAGGGAGACCUACUGAUCUGCCCAUCGCUCGCUCGAGUGAGGUGGCUCAGCCGUCAAAAUCGACGACGAGUUCGGCGCCUUGCUGCUUCUGCAUCCGACACACGAAAGGAGGACGCGUCAUGCGCAAGAAGAUCACUGAUCCCCGGCCAAUCAUUAGCUCGGGAUACUCUUACAUCCUAAGUUCGGAUGGUCAGAUACUGCUCUGGCAUGGUCGCGGAACGAUGCUCGAUGAGCAACGCGCGUCCUCAAGGGAAGCGACCGCUUUCAGCAAGGACAGUGAAGUGGAGGAGCUGCGCGAACUGCAUUCAGACGAGAACAAGCGCUGGUGGUCAAAACAAGCUGGCAAGCUCGCUUCGGCUCAUUAUUGGCGCGCGAAGCGACCGGGCAUGUCGACUCAGCAUGCAGUCUACCACAUGAGCAGAAGCUCGCUCGCGAAAGUUGACGAGGGAUCCGGUGACGAACUGUCACACAUCUCUACUGCGACCGUCAGCGUCAUUGAUCUCGCUUUCGAGCUGUUUGUCAUCGUUCCUACGAGCAUUGCAAAGUCGCCAGCGAAAGUGCAAGACAUACGUAGCGCACUUCAGCAGGCAUCUCAUUUAGCGCAAGCACGUCAGUCCAAGCAACACUGGCCCUACCUGCCUCCUGUGCAUGCGCUCGUCUUCCCCACACUUGUACCGAUGGAAUUGGCCGCUGUCGACUACAGUGGCAGCCUUCGACAAUUAAAUGGGUCAGAUGAGCCAAGAGAGAUGAAUAUCCUCACGCAUGAGGAAGCGAUGCAGGCGUUUGCGUGA